AUGGAAAAGUGGAAGAACAUGUCAAUCUUUGGCGAGUUCGAUACUGGCUCCAACAGGAGCUACUAUGGAGAGACAUCUUCAGAUGAUGAUAUGUCAUACUUUGGAGAGACCUUCCCAGAGUACAAGAACACCCCACCAACUGACAAUGGAAUUCUGACUUAUUGUUACUGUGGAGGCAAAGUCGUUGUUAUGCAUCACACGUUUGGUGUCUACAACGGCCAGAAAUUCUACAGUUGUGUGGAAGACAACAAUGUAAGCAACACAAGAACUCUUUCUCAUUGGAGUUCAAUCAUCGAGGAGAUUGACGCUGUGAAGACCAAGCUGGGUGAUCAAGAAGCUAAYGUCGAGAUAGCUGCUAAGAAAAUCACUGAACUCAAGAAAAUGGUGGCUGACCUUCAGAACACGGUUGAUGGUCUUAUAAAGAAGCCGUGA